AUGGAUUCCCUUGGGAUGUUUCCCUUACAGUGGGAGUUUGACUCUGACUUGGACAGCAAAAAACAGCUUGCUCCUCAGCUGUGUACCAGGACAUUUGCACUUUGCUGUAACAAUUUGCUGGGGUGGUCCACCCUCUUCUCUACUUUGAGAUGGACCCCUUUCUCCACCAGGCAGUGCCACGGAAUGGAGUAUGACUCAGAUAUCACGUCCUUUGAUGGCUCAGUCCAUCUCAUGAAGCUCUUGUCUGAAAACACUUCCAUGACCCAAGAAUAUUGUGAACCACAGAAGAAGAAUGGCUUAAGUCUUGAAGGCAUCCCUACACCUCACAAGCCGGUCAUGCUUCCACCAGGAACCAGCAAACUGGAUGCCACCCCAAACAACUACAUGCUCCCUUCAGGCGACUUGUACGACAAUAGCUCGUUGAACUCCCUCUUCGAGACCAACCCCGUGGCCACACCACAGCAGAGGUGGCAGCCAGACAGCACUUUCAAAGAGGAUCCUCAGGAGUCACUUCUCUUCAGCGAUAUCCUCAAGGCCCAGCCAGAGCCACCCUGCUCCGAGAGUUAUCCUACAGGUGGUGUUAAGAGUGACUUUGAAUAUACUUUGGGGUCACCCAAAGCCAUUCAUAUAAAAUCUGGGGACUCUCCCAUGGCCUACCUCAACAAAGGACAGUUCUACCCCAUCACACUGCGGACAGCUGGAGACAGCAAAUGUUUACACUUGUCCUCAAAUAAAGUGAAGAGUGUUGUGAUGAUUGUUUUUGACAAUGAGAAGAUCCCGACAGAGCAGCUCAAGUUCUGGAAGCACUGGCAUUCUCGCCAGCCCACAGCCAAGCAGAGAGUCAUUGACGUUGCUGACUGUAAAGAAAACUUCAACACAGUUCAGAACAUUGAGGAGUUGGCCUAUAACGCGCUGUCCUUUGUGUGGAACAUCCAUGAAGAAGCAAAGGUGUUUAUUGGGGUGAAUUGCCUGAGCACUGACUUCUCCUCUCAGAAGGGAGUAAAAGGUGUCCCGCUGAACCUCCAGAUUGACACUUAUGACUAUGGCAAUGGGACCAACCAGCUGGUGCACCGCGCUGUCUGCCAGAUCAAGAUAUUCUGUGAUAAGGGAGCAGAGAGGAAAAUGAGGGAUGAUGAACGGAAACAGUUCAGAAGGAAAGGAAAAUGCCUGGACUCCAAUAACAAUGGUCUGAAAGGCUGUGUGCUGUCUGGCUUCAGAGGGAAUGAGAUCACGUUCCUGAGGUCAGAGACUGACCUCGAAACCCAGCCAGUCCUGUUCAUCCCCAACCUCCAUUUUUCAAACCAGCAGAGAUGUGGCACGGCUCUUACUCCUGCUGUUCCAAACUCUGCAAACAGGCUGUCCCUAAAGCGGAGUGGGGCCUCAUUCACAGAUGAAUUUGACCCAGUACCUCCGAAGCAAACCAAGGAAGAAGAUCCUCAGAGAGUGCUGUUGUACGUGCGGAGGGAAUCAGAGGAAGUGUUUGAUGCUCUCAUGUUGAAGACACCGGAUCUCCAGGGCCUCAGAAUGGCUAUUUCAGAAAAAUAUGGGCUGCCAGAAGAAAGCAUUUAUAAAGUCUACAAAAAAUGCAAAAGAGGGAUCCUGGUCAACAUGGACAACAACAUCAUCCAGCACUAUAGCAACCACAUGGCCUUUCUCCUGGACAUGGUGGAAGCAGAGGACAAGAUCCAGGUCAUCCUCAAGGAGCUAUAAGGAGCUGCAGUCAGCACUUACUGGACAUCUCUACCAACCAGCACAUUUGACCCAACGAAGCUCAGCCCAAUAUCCCACCUCAUUGCCUCUACUUGAAAACUGCCUGCAGGGUGGGGCCUUGCGCUGCUGGGCCAGAGACAGCUGGAAGAUCUGUUACUGAAGUGAACGCAGAACUUCUCUCUAUUGAAUUUAUUAUUUUAUUUUGUUCCCUUCUGGAGACAGGCCUGACCUUCUGUUCAAGCUGGGAAGGCGCAGCUGCACUAACAUGGCUGCUGGCUUUGGGCAGCAAUGAGGACAGCCUCUGCUUGACAUCUGCCUCAGCCCAUGGCCGAUCCAGCUGUGGGCUCUGGCUUUCUCCCAGCCCAUCAGUCCCACAGAAUGCUCCAACCAUUUCCAGUAGGGCUAAGCCUGGCUCUGAGCUUCUCUGUCACAGAGACUUUCAUAGAUAUGUUUAAAACUCAGUUAAAUGGACAUUGCCUGCUUCCACGCCCUCCACCACCAUCUCUCUGUAAAUACCACCAAGGCCUCCGUAGCCUCCUGUUCAUACAUUUCUAAUGUAUCGAUCGUUUUAUAUUUUAUAUGUGUAUAAAUAUGCAUUGUUUUAUAUUUGACUCAGUGCAGUGACACAGAGCAUUUCAAACACAGGCUGCUUCACAUUUCUCCGUGAACCCCUUUUGUAACCGUGUUGUUGGUUUUGUUGUUUUGGAUAUUCCAUAGUAAUAAAGGCUCAGAGACAGAAUACAAACCGUUUUUAACUCGGCUCUGGUCUGGAGGUCUCAGUCAAGAAGGGCUGGAGAGAAGCCAGAGCAGG